GACAGCUGCACAAGUUUGUGUAGAAUGAAAACGGGAAGUACCUUUGAGAGCAUGAGUUGUCAUUGUCAGUCUGAUGCCUAAUAUCACAACUCCUGCGCAUAAGGUUGAACUUAAAACGCAACCGUAAACUUUAUAUUUAUCUAAAAAUAGUAUCGGUUUGGUAAAGAGCAAGAGACACUUCUUGCAGCGGGACCCUCAGCAAUACAUUACCUUGAUAUCACAGCAAGCUAUCAUCUAGCUAGCUACCUAUGAUCCCAACAACAAUGUUGCAAACCAUAGUGGAGCUAUCAGUGGAGGGUAAAAUAUUUUACGCCGUAUUGCUGUUCUCAUGGGCGGUCUAUCUAUGGGAAGCUUAUCUUGCCUUCAGACAACGGAGAAUAUACCGGACAACUACGCACGUACCCCACGAGUUGGGAAAGAUCAUGGAUGCAGAAACAUUUGAGAAAUCCCGUCUUUAUCAACUGGAUAAAAGUAACUUCGGUUUCUGGUCAGGACUCUAUUCAGAGGCUGAGGGUACGAUGAUUCUUGUGCUUGGUGGAAUUCCCUUCCUCUGGAGUAUUUCUGGAUCUGUUAUGGCACGCUUUGGCAUGGGUUCAGAAUAUGAGAUUUCCCAGUCCCUGGUCUUCUUAAUGCUAGCAACCCUUUUCAGUGCCUUCACAGGCCUUCCGUGGAGCCUCUACAAUACGUUUGUCAUUGAAGAGAAGCAUGGCUUCAACCAACAGACCAUUGGUUUCUUUCUGAAGGAUGCCCUGAAGAAGUUUAUGGUGACCCAGUGUAUCUUGCUGCCAGUCACCUCGCUGUUACUUCACAUCAUUAAGAUUGGAGGGGAUUACUUCUUCGUCUAUGCCUGGCUUUUCACCUUGAUUGUCUCUCUGGUGCUUGUAACCAUCUAUGCUGACUACAUCGCGCCUCUGUUUGAUAAGUUUACUCCUUUGCCAGAGGGUGAACUCAAAGAGGAGAUAGAAAGCAUGUCCAAGUCCAUUAGCUUCCCUCUGACUAAAGUUUAUGUGGUUGAAGGCUCCAAGCGUUCAUCCCAUAGUAACGCUUAUUUCUAUGGUUUCUUCAAAAAUAAGCGCAUUGUGCUGUUUGACACACUUCUAGAGGACUACUCUCCUCUCAAUAAAGAUGGUGAGGCAGAGGGUGAUCAAGGAAAGGAGAAUUCUGUGCCAGAAGAGAGCAAUGCCAAACCAAAGAUCAAGAAGCAAGGUUGUAGCAACACUGAAGUUCUUGCCGUUCUUGGACAUGAGCUUGGACACUGGAAACUGGGUCACACUGUGAAGAAUAUAGUCAUUAGCCAGAUGAAUUCCUUCCUAUGCUUUUUUCUGUUCGCGGUCCUCAUCGGUCAGAGGGAGCUCUUCCUUGCCUUUGGUUUCCGUGACAGCCAGCCCACCCUGAUUGGGCUCAUGAUCAUCUUUCAGUUCAUCUUCUCCCCCUAUAAUGAGCUCCUGUCCUUCUGCCUGACGGUGCUGAGCCGCCGGUUUGAGUUCCAGGCCGACGCCUUUGCCAGGGGCAUGGGCCGCGCCACUGAGCUCUACUCUGCCCUCAUCAAGCUCAACAAGGACAACCUGGGUUUCCCCGUGGCUGACUGGCUCUUCUCCAUGUGGCACUACUCUCACCCUCCCCUGCUGGAGCGCCUCCGGGCCCUAGGGGGACCCAAGCAGGAUUGACGGCACCUGAAGGGGGGACGGCGUCUGUCAGGCACCCCCAAGGGCCUCUGUCGGCCCUUGCUGGCACUCUGACAACCUUUUUGUCUCCCGUUCUCUUUCUUUCUCUGUCAUUACUUGUUAUCCCUCAAUUUCACACUUCAGUCCCCUGUGUUUUUUUUUUUUUUUUGUUCAUUUUGCAUCACAAACCAGUGUACAGAUCAGCCUAGGAGGGGGUUGGAGAGCUGAUUAGAGAGCUGAUCUCUUCUUUGCCCUCUGCAAAGGUUGGCGCCACGGUACCUCUGAUGUUCUUCACAGACCUCAGGGUGCCUUUUGCUCUUGUGUGUGUUCUUGAUGACAUGUAUGUUUAUUUUGCAUUACAUUUUUUUUUCUUUUUACUCAUGAGGUUGUUUUCAUAAAACAAAUCUUUCCAGCUCAUCCAGACAUUCCUAUUCCUUGUUUGUUGGAAGUUCUGCCUACUUCUGGUAUAACAACCUGAAGUUCACAUCUUGACCUACUUAUAAAGGGCAGGAUAAAGAUGUGAAAUGUACCUUGUUAGUUUGGAGACGUGUGGGCUCCCUAAUAAUGGUAAUCAUCAGUUACCAGUUACUGGAAUUAAAAGGGACAGAGUGAGGAUACCAAAAGCAAAAUCCACUAGACAUGACACGGGUAUGUUUUAUGACAUUUACAGGUUAUGUCUACCAACUCAGUGAGCGGCAGAGAUUUCCUCUUUCAGUCAAAUCUUAUCUCCACAGACCAGACCUUGUCCUUGUGCACCUGCUCAGGCAGUGAAGGGAUUACAAUGAGCGCUUUUAAGUUUUGCAAUAGCCAGUGAUGAUGAUGACGCAAAAGAAAAGGUUAGUUUUCAGUCAUUUCAAGCAUUAUUUUUAGAAAAUGUAUUUGACAAGAUAAAAAAAAAAAAGAAGACAAGUGGCUGUAAAUAUUUAAUUUGUGAUUUCAAACAGUACUUCUGAGACUGCUGAGUCUGAACUAUUUAACUAUAUUUGGAAAUUCUGUUUAAACUGUGAUUGUUUAGUUUCUUUGUUAUUAAACCAGUGCCUGGGUGUGUAAGAUGUGAAGCGACGGUUGGGGAAAUGUUGAGGAGGGUUAUGGUUGUUAUGGGUUACUAAUUGAGAACAGAUCAGAGAUCAGUUUUGUAACCGUCUUGCUCAGUGCAGAAGAGUUUCUCUUCUUCAGGCACUGUAUCAGGACCAAAGCUAGCACCACUGAAAUUGUGCAUGUCACUCUUUAGGGAUUGGCUGGGUAGGUUGGCUGUUACCCCAUGUAGCUUGCUUUGGAAAGUGUGACGCUGAAGUGGUGUUUUUUUUCUGCAUUGGGAAUAAACUACCCACGUGAAA